AUGUUGACGGUCGAGAAGCAGUGGGUUAAUGUGCAGCAGAAGACCUUUACCAAAUGGUUGAAUGAUAAGCUGAAGGCCAGGAGUCUGGCGAUCGAGGACCUGGUCACUGAUCUUUCGGAUGGUGUUAUCCUCAUCCACCUUCUCGAGAUCCUCGGCGGGGAGUCACUCGGUCGAUAUGCGUCAAAGCCCAAACUACGGGUGCAACGAUUCGAAAAUGUCAACAAAGGCCUGGACUUCAUUAAGGGGAGGAGGAUUCAAAUGACCAAUAUCGGAGCGGAGGAUAUCGUCGAUGGCAACCGCAAAAUCAUUCUGGGUCUGAUCUGGACACUGAUUCUUCGGUUCACCAUUAGCGACAUCAAUCAAGAGGGUAUGACCGCCAAGGAAGGUCUGCUACUGUGGUGUCAACGAAAGACAGCAUGCUACGACAACGUUGAGAUUCGGAACUUCUCCUCCAGCUGGAACGAUGGUUUAGCGUUCUGCGCCCUUCUCGAUAUCCACCGACCCGACCUAAUUGACUUCGAUUCCUUGGACAAGAAUGACCACCGUGGAAAUAUGAAGCUCGCGUUCGACAUUGCUUCGAACGAAAUCGGCAUUCCCGACCUGCUUGAUGUGGAUGAUGUGUGCGAUGUACCCCAGCCCGACGAGCGUUCCCUGAUGACCUACAUCGCCUACUGGUUCCAUGCCUUUUCGCAGUUGGAGAGAGUUGAGAAUGCCGGUCGCCGAGUCGAAAAGUUUGUCAACAACAUGCACGGAGCGUGGGAUAUGCAAUCGGGAUACGAGCGCCGGAUGAAGGAAUUGCUUCGAUUGAUUCGGGCACAGCGUGACCAAUGGCAGAAUUCCUCCUUCGAGGGAACCUACAAGGACGUUAAGGAGCAGGCUGCCAAAUUUGCACUGUACAAGCGAAAUGAGAAGCGCCAGUGGGUGGCAGAGAAGUCCGAUUUAGCUGCUCUGCUGGGCAACAUUAAAACAAAAUUGGGCACGUAUCGACUGCGAGCCUAUGAGCCGCCUAAGGAGCUAAGCUUGGAAACUUGCGAUCAAGAGUGGGAAUCUUUAACCCGAGAUGAGCACCAGCGCAGUCAAUUGAUCAACGAGACCAUUCGAGAUAUCAAGAAUGCCCUACGCCGAUCAUUUGCAGACAAGGCGAACGACUUUGCCUUGACACUGAAGACCUUGUCCCUGGCUAUUUCCGGUCUGGAUGGGGAUGUUGAAGACCAGUUGGUCCAUGUCCAGAGACUGAACGAUAACCUCCCCCCGCUGGAUGCCUUCCUCGAUACCAUCGCCGAAUUAGAAGAGCAAUGUGCCGAAGCCAAUAUUGAAGAGAACGAUUUCACCACCUAUACCCUGGAUGAGUUGUCAUAUGAGCUUAGUCUGGUGAAAUCCAGUAUUUCGAAGAAGCUGGCCUUCCUCGAGAACCAGAUGGUGGCUCGCAACAUGACCAAUCUAACCCCCAUCCAACUGGAAGAGUUUGAAUCAGUCUUCCGCCACUUUGACCGAGACGCAUCCAACACCCUGCACGAGCUUGAAUUCUCCGCCGCACUUGCCAGUCUGGGACUGGUCUACGAUGAGGAUGAGAUGCAUCAAGUGUAUGUGGAGGUUUGUGGACAAAACCGACUUUCCCAGAAUGCCGGUGUUAGCUUUGAGCAGUUCAUUCGCUUCAUGGUCAGCGUGACUGAAGACCAAAACACUGCCGAGCAAGUAUUCCAAAGUUUUAGGGAGGUUGCUGAUGGCAAGCCCUAUGUCACGGAACUUGAUCUCCAACACUCGCUCAUCCCAGACGAAGUUAUCGAACACUUGAUGAAGACCAUGCCGCAGCAUGAAGGUCCUGACUUGCUCGAGGACCGUGAUCUGACCAAAUUCGAUUACAUCAGCUUCAUGGAGAAAAUGAUUGAGGAUCAGAAAAAGAAUGGAAAAGACUGA